UCAAUCAGUUAAGCAGGUGGGUACAACCUCUUCUUGUUUCACUUGCUGAAUUAACUAUUUUUAUAACUGUGUGAGAAGGAAGAAAUAGCUAACGUUGCAGAUGGAAAGAUUAGUCAUUCAGGUUCUUUUCUUUCAAAACAUCUUUUAUGCUCAAGUAGCAACUUCUCAGCGAUACCCCUGGAUCCCUAAAGUUCAUUGCUCAAUAUAAUCUCAGUUCCACCAUUGUUUCCUGGGCUUCUGAAUCAUGAAGGUUGUGCUGCCGAAGAAGUGUUAUUAAAUUAAAGAUGGCAGCUCUGUAUCUUGAAGCAAUACCAUUACUUCUGGCAGUGGUUCACACACUCUGCGAUAUCAUAGUAGACCAAGCCCCGUUUGCUUCAGGGCUCAUCGGCUCAACCGCCAACUUGCCGUGCCAUUUAAUUGAUGCUAAAAAGCAAGUGAUCAGAGCACAUCCCUACUGGUUGUUGCAGAAGCCGAACCAAUCAGAAGUGACGCUGUAUCCUAUCAAGCCCGAUGAGGUGACCCGUGUUCAGCUCAGCAAUGAGAAGGAAUGGAAAGACAUGUCAAUAUUCUUAUCCAAUCUGCAACUUUCAGAUACAAGCAAAUAUAUAUGUCGUAUAUCGGUGCUUAAAGGGUCAGAAUCCCUCUUUAAGCCAGGAAAUGGGACAAUGCUCUAUGUUCAUGGUCCAAUCCAAAUGGAUUUCAACUACUCACAUGUUAUGUGUAAGACUCAAGUCCAGAUGGCAGAAACAGUGAGCUUUGUUUGGAACUUUCCAUUCUGGGACACGUUACAUUGGGAGGAGCUCAGUAGCAAACAACAGAAUCCAGAUGGUUCAUUUUGGAUCAGCAGCCAUGUUACCCUUCAGGGCCAUUGCACAGCCAAGAGGAAUGUGACAUUGAGUUGUUCACUGAAAAACAACAUGGGAUACGUCAUUGAUAAGCAGAGUGUUGAGGUUCGUUGUCCAGCUCCAAUAGAAAUGGAUUUCAACAACACCCAUGUAUCAUGUUUAAAUCAACUUCAAGAAGCACAAAAUAUCAGUUUCGUGUGGGACUUUGGACCCUGGAAAUGGAUGAAAGGACCAGAGCUCAGUAACCAAAGGCAGAACCCAGACGGCUCAUACUGGAUCAAAAGCAUUGUCAGACUUCAUCACGAGAGGUGCACCACCAAAGCAAAUGUGACGCUUAGUUGUUCACUCAGGCACAGCUUAGGGUUCACCCUUCAGAACCAGAGUAUUGAGGUUCCUUGCACAGAUAACAACACAGGUGGUUCACAGCCUAAAGGACACCACCCAGUUCUCUUUUUCUCUCUGCUGUUGGGAAGCACCUUGCUGAUCCUGUUAUUCGUGCUCCUCUUAUUCUACAGAAGGAGGCAAUCUCGAAAUCCAAGACAGAGAUUAAAGGUUCACGUUCCCUAUAAUGCUGUACGUUAACAGUCAAUGGCUCCCAAUACUCUGCAAGUACAGGGAGAAGCACAGGGGCUUUUGAACUUCAGAUUUCUUUCCUCCAAGGAGAUACUUUAUUUUUGCUUGGUGCAUAUCAAAGAGCUUUUCCUUAAGAUAUUUCCCUGGUGUGGCACCCAUGCCAACCUCUUUGCCUUUCCUUUGUUUUGACGAGUAGAUGCAGAGAGUUGGAUCACACCAAUUAUUUAUGGUGGGAACUUCUUAUUUUUUCCCCUAUAGGCUUAGAAUCAUGAAUAAAUGAGUGCUUGUAACUUGACUGUUUGGAAUAGCUAAACCCUUCACCGAGCUUCAUGGAUUUCAAUUAUCAGAACUUCUGAGCAAGCCAAGAGGACUCCAUGUUGAAUUAUGUGACUGAGUUGUGUAAGGAAUAGAAAUGAUCUAAUUUAUAUAAUCCGUGUAUAGAAUUAUAUUUCAUUCAUGACUGGCCCACUGUCUCCUCUAUGUUUAUUUUCUGUGUACUUUAAAUUCCAUGCCAUUCUACAACUAAAACUAUGCAUUGUAACCAA